GACACUUCCAAGGCCGUGGUCCAGCGACUACCAACAUUCUUCACAGCGAAAUCGUCUCUUUACCGUGCUCGCCGCAAGCAGACUCCUCCACUACCUUUGGCCGACAUCACCUUGGAUGGAAGAUGGACAGAAGCAUCUACAGGCGAACCAUUUCUCCUCUUUGACGACGGUGAACAGAACAACAGGAUGAUCGCAUUCGCUUCGUCGGAGAACCUGGCCGAACUUGCAGCAUCUGACACCUUCUUCUGUGACGGAACUUUCUACACCUGUCCAACAAUGUUUCAUCAGAUUUACAGCGUCCAUGUACAGAAUGAAGGCAUCAUGACACCAGUCGUAUACGCAUUACUACUCGGAAAGAGCCAGGCAAUCUACAGCCGUUUCUUCACCCUUCUCCAGGGUCACAUGGCACACUUCGACAUUCCAUUCCGACCCACUACAGCCUUCGUCGAUUUUGAGGUAGCUGCACACAACGCCAUCCGACAUGUUUUCCACGGUAUCACCAUUAAGGGAUAUUUUUUCCACUUCAACCAGUGCAUUUGGCGAAAGGCCCAGUCUACCGGACUCCAGACACUGUACCGUGACAACGACGACGUCAAGCUACUUGUUCGACGAGCUGCUGUUCUACCACUGAUCCCCUUAGACCGCAUCGAGGACGUCUGGUUCCAAACCCUCCAAGAAGCUGAUGAUGCUGACAUUCCACAUCCCGUGUUGCCAUUCACCGAUUACGUCACGGAGCAAUGGAUAGAGGGAGAUCGUACCACCCUGAACCACUUCUCAACCGAGGGACCCCGGACUACCAACCAUCUGAAAGCUUGGCACGGAAAACUGAAGAUAAAGGUACUGCAUGCCCACCCCAACAUCUACACCUUCAUCCAGACGUUUAAGGACAUGCAGAACAUGAACGCCAUCAGCCGGAUUCAGAGAGACGCAGGAGGCACCAUUCAACCCCGGAAGAAGAAAAACGCCAACAUUGACAGACGCCUGGCCACCUUGAAGGAACGUUACCAGACUGGGACAAUCGACCUGAUGACCCAUGCUGAUUCAGCAUCCGAGCUUCUGCAUCUUGGAUAGAGUGUUUUGUGUUUUCUGGACUUAUGGAUUACUUGAUUAUCACAGGUUGUAAAAGGACAUAAUAUCUAGAUAACUGGAUAAUGUAUUGUCAUACAUAGUGCUAAUUCAGUCAUUUAGGGGUUUACUAUUUAUUUUAGAUAAUAAUUUAUUUAAUGCUAAAAUGUGGAUAAUUUUUCAAUAUUAUAUAUGUAAUACAAAUACAAUUUAAUAACAGACA